AUGAUCUUCUUACUCACUGCACUGAAAAUCUUUUAUGUCCUUGAUCCAUUGUUGGUUGUACUACUAGAACCUACCCCGGAGGAUACUGAUGCGAUCAAAACAGAGAGGAAGAUACGAGAAGAAGAUGAACUGCUCUGCCGAGGUCAUAUUUUGAAUACUUUGACUGAUCAAUUGUAUAAUUUGUACUCCAAUUUAAAAUCUCCAAGGAAAUCUGGACAACGUUGCAUACUGCGUAUGAAAACGAGAAAUGAGGUAAAAUUCUUAUCUUUGCAAUAUUUCGAAUUUAAGAUGGUAUAUACACAACCUAUAAUGGAUCAGAUCCAUGAGUUACAAAUUUCAGUUUCAAAACUAAGUGAUUUUGAAGUGAAAAUUCCCGAUGCACUUCAAAUAAGUGCAAUUCUCUCGAAGUUGCCUUCUUCCAGGAAUAACUACAGAAAGAAAAUCCUACAUUCUACUGAUAAAUUAACUUUAACUCAUCUUCAAAUUAAAAGUGAGACUCGUGCUCAUGAUGAAAUUGUUCAUGCCUCUAGUUCUACUGUUAAUACUCUUAGUUAG